AGAAGGAAGGAAGGAACGAACGACUAACGAACGAACGAAAUGCUAAUUCUGCCUCUCUCAACCACCUUCCCUCUCCCAAGGGAAGAUAGACACGGUGCACACAAGUACAAACGUAAUGGUUACAAUGUACCACAAAGGAAUAUACAGAAUGUAACUGCAUCAGAAACAUCGGGACGCCAUGAAUACUCUAUAUCCUUCGUGAAGAUAAAACCAGCUCAUAGGGAUAGACCUACACCCUGGGCAGAGAUGGGGUUAGAUACAGCCUUUAAUUGGCCAUCAUCUCCACGAAUGGCAGCUCCUGCUGUCGCUCCACUCCAACCGCGGCUCUUGCAGAGGGCAGGGAUGAAUGGGGAGGGGGCGAGGGAGUUAUAGUCGCCAUAGCAACAAUCCCUUUUUUCCCCCCAGUCUGAGAAGAAAUAAAUCUAUGAUACAGCGCUGAAAAGAGAACUGCGCGCGCAGCUAUCCGCCAUGGCACCAUGAAAACUUGGGGUGUUGGUUUUCCUUUCUGAGCUUCUCUCUCCAGAGAAAAUGUCUCAAUCAAAGAGUAGUGAUGGUGAAAAAGACUGGCCAGAAAAUAGAAGAAGCUUUUCCAUUGAGGGUAUCUGGCUGGACAAGGUAAAGGAAUUGGUGGCCUUUAAAGAUGUUGCUGUGGAGUUUACUCAGGAGGAGUGGAGAUGCCUGGACUCAUCUCAGAAAAAGUUGUACCAUGAUGUGAUGAUGGAGAACUAUAAAAACUUGGUCUGCCUGGGGAUUACAGUUAAUAAGCAAGAUGUGAUCUCACAAUUGGAGAAAAAGGAAAGAUCUUGGAUGACAGAAGAACAAGUCCAAAGAAACAGUUGCCCAGAUUGGGAGGUCACAUCUGUAAACAAAAAGCUCAUUCCAAAACUGGGCAUUUCUGUGCAACAAUCAUAUCAAGAAAAACUCACAGCUGAUUACCCUUCUAUCUCUAAUUUGGAAGAAUCUUGGGAAUAUGAAUACAAUUCAGAGAGGAAGAAGAGUGAUAAAGAGAAAAUCCAUGAAGAAAAUAUCAUCCAAAGGAAACCACACAGUAAAUUGAGAAAUCAUGAAUAUAAUAAAUAUGGUCAAAUCUUUGCUAUAAAGUCAGUUCUUUUUCCACAACAUAGAGUCUUCAUAGGAAAGAAUCUUUUCAAAUGUUAUGCACAUAGAAUGGGAUUUAAACUCUAUUCAGAUCUAAGAAAAUACAAUGAAAGUUACUCAAAGAAGACAUUUUCUAAGUAUAAUAUAAGAAGGAAAUAUUUCAGUUAUCAUUCAGAUCUUAUUGAAUAUCACAGAAUGCAUACUGGAAAAAAACAUCAUGAAUGUGAGAAGGCCACAUGGAAAAAACAACUUACUCAACAACAGAGACUUCAUACUAUACAGAAACAUUAUGCAUAUUUUGAUUGUGGGAAAGCUUAUAAAAAAAUAGAACCUACUCAAAAUUUCAAAAUUCUUACUGGAGAUAAACUUUAUAAAUGCAGAGAAUGUGGGAAAACUUUCCAACAGAGUAUACACUACACUUCCUAUCAGAAAAUUCAUACUAGAGAGAAAGACUGUGCAUGUAAUCUAUAUGGGAAGGCCUUUAACUACAGCUCUUCCCUUUCUUUCAAUAAGAAAAUUCACAUUGGAAAAAAACAUUAUGAGUGUAAUGAAUGUAGGAAGGUUUUUAACCAGAGUACCAAACUUACUAAACAUCAAAAGAGUCACACUGUAGAGAAACAUGAUUCUAACACAUAUAGGAAUACUUUCAACCAGAAUUCACAAAUUACUCAACCCCUGAAGAUUCAUAAUGGAGAAAAAUGUCAUGAAUGGAAUAAAUGUGUGAAAACCUGUAAUUACAGUUCAGCCCUUGCUUCUCAUCAUAGAACUCAUACUGGAGAAAAGCCUUAUGGGUGUAUUGAAUGUGGGAAGGCCUUUGGGAAAAGGACACAGCUUAUUCAACAUUGGAGAAUUCAUACUGGAGAGAAACCUUAUGACUGUAAUGAAUGUGGAAAGGCCUUCCGUCAGAGCUCACAGCUUACUCGACAUCAGAAAAUUCAUACUGGAGAAAAACCUUUUGAAUGUGAUGAAUGUGGGAGAGCCUUCCGCCAGAGAUCACAGCUCACUUACCAUCAGAGAAUUCAUACUGGAGAAAAACCUUAUGAAUGUAAUGAAUGUGGUAAGGCCUUCUGUCAGAGCACUGAACUUACUCAACAUCAUAGAAUUCAUACAAGUGAGAAGCCUUUUGAAUGUCAUGAAUGUGGUAUGGCCUUCCGCCUGAGUACUGGACUUAGUCGCCAUCAGAAAAUCCAUACUGGAGAGAAACCUUAUGAAUGCAGUGAAUGUGGGAAGGCCUUCUGCCAGAGAGCAGAACUCACCGUACAUCAUAGAAUUCAUACAGGAGAGAAACCCUAUGUGUGUAAUGACUGUGGAAAGGCCUUUCACCAGAGCUCACAACUAACUCGGCAUCAAAAAAUUCAUACAGGAGAGAAACCUUAUAAGUGCAAUGAAUGUGGAAAGGCCUUCCGUCAGAGCUCAGAGCUUACUCGACAUCAGAAAAUCCAUACAGGAGAGAAACCUUUUGAAUGUGAUGAAUGUGGGAGGGCCUUCUGCCGAAGAUCACAGCUCACUUACCACCAGAGAAUUCAUACUGGAGAAAAACCUUAUGAAUGUAAUGAAUGUGAUAAGGCCUUCUGCCAGAGCACUGAACUUACUCAACAUCAUAGAAUUCAUACUAGUGAGAAACCUUUCAAAUGUAAGGAAUGUGGUAUGGCUUUUCAUCUCAGUGCUGUACUUACUCGCCAUCAGAAAAUUCACACUGGAGAAAAACCUUAUAAAUGCAGUGAAUGUGGGAAGGCCUUCUGCCAGAAAGCAGAACUUACUGUACAUUAUAGAAUUCAUACGGGAGAGAAACCUUAUGUGUGCAAUGAAUGUGGGAUGGCUUUCCGGCAGAGCUCACAAUUGACUCCACAUCUUAGAAUUCAUACUGGAGAGAAACCAUAUAAAUGUAAUGAAUGUGGAAAGGCUUUCAAUCGCAAUUCAUCCCUUGUUUCCCACCACAGAAUUCACACUGGAGAGAAACCUUAUUGUUGUAAUAAGUGUGGGAAGGCUUUUCGUCAGAAUACAGGACUUACUCGACAUCAGAGACUUCAUAUAGAAGAUAAAUCUUAUGGAUAUAAUGAUUAAAAAAAAGCUUUGCUCCAAAAUAAAUGUUUUACUUGGCAUUACUUCAUAGUGAAAUGAAGAGUUAUGAAUGAAAUGAUCUUUUUUUACAUUAAAAAUGUAUAAUGCUAUAUUUUGACACAAGAUAAUUUCUAAGAAGCAUCCUCUAGUAAGUUUUUCUCCUGUUAACAGAAAGGAUAAAUGUAUUUGACUGGAGCUUUGUGGUCACAUUU